GUUAGCCGACAUCCAGGCGGUAUCCUACACGCAACAGAAUCGCAAGUGUAGUUACCACAGUGGACGAUACUAAUUUGGUGCCCAUUAAGUAGAGCUAUGUCUACGAGUGACUUUUACUUGCGAUACUAUGUUGGGCAUAAAGGCAAAUUUGGGCAUGAAUUUCUGGAAUUUGAGUUUAGGCCUGACGGAAAGCUGAGGUAUGCCAACAACAGCAACUACAAGAACGACGUCAUGAUCAGAAAAGAGGCCUACGUACACAAAAGCGUGAUGGAGGAGUUGAAGAGGAUCAUUGACGACAGUGAGAUCACCAAAGAAGACGAUGCGUUGUGGCCCCCUCCAGACAGGGUCGGCAGACAGGAGCUGGAGAUUGUUAUUGGUGAUGAACACAUCUCAUUCACAACCUCCAAGAUUGGAUCUUUAAUUGAUGUCAACCAGUCAAAGGAUCCAGAGGGCCUCCGAGUGUUCUACUACCUGGUUCAGGACCUGAAAUGUCUCGUCUUCAGUCUCAUCGGACUUCACUUCAAGAUCAAGCCUAUCUAAGUUCAAUGCUGUUUACGUUUCCUGGAAAUAGUCUUUUAGUACAUAUUUGCUUCUUUCUAAACAUUUGUACAUUGCUUUGGAUGGAUCUGCUGUGGUGUUCUUCUUUUUUUUUUUUUUAA